UACACACAGAGGGCUUACUAUCUAAACACAUUGCCACUUUGUCAAUCGUAACUCGGUGUAUACGUGGCUCCCGUUCUUCGGAUUAACCAGAAGACUUGUCAGGGUACAUACCUGACGACUUGGUGAAAUUUCACGGCAGUUACUAACAAGACACGAUGAACCAAAAUUCGGAGACCAGCACAAAACUGAGGAAGCAAUCGAACGUGGAAGAACCCGCGGCAGAUGGCCCGGAUCGCAUUUUUCGCGUGGGUGCCGAUCAAGACUUACUGAAACCAGAAGUGAAGAUUAGCCAUUUAAGCAAUAGAAACACUAUUCUACUCGGUCUUGGCCUUUUUCUGGUCAUCGUUACAGCCAUGACUGCGUCGACGGCUGUGGCGGCCGCCGAGAAACGUAAGAGAGAACCGAUGACUAGGACCCAGGCCGUGCUUACGAACACGCCAUUGAUCGACGGAAACAAUGACUUAGCAUGGCAAAUACGAGUACACCAUAAUAACCGACUGGAAGACGUCAAUCUACUGGCAGAUAUGAGUGGAUAUUGGGAAAUCUCACAUACCGAUAUACCCCGUAUGAGAGAAGGUCGCGUCGGUGCGCAGUUCUGGUCAGCAUAUACGAGUUGUGAUGCCCAGUACAAGGACGCCACCAGUCAAACGCUCGACCAGAUUGACGUCAUCAGGAGAAUGAUCAACAAAUAUCCUAGUACAUUUCAAUUUGUCACAACAUCCGAUGGUAUAAUGGAAGCUUUUCGUGAUAAUAAAAUAGCAAGUUUGAUUGGAGUUGAAAGUGGUCAUAGCAUCGACAGUAGUUUAGCCAAACUACGACAAUUCUAUAAUUUGGGGGUAAGAUACCUGACACUGACAGGAGAUUGCAGUACACCAUGGGCAGAUGCUCACAACCAACAAGCAGUAAAUGGAGGACUUUCUGAAUUCGGAAAGGUGGUUAUACAGGAAAUGAAUCGUUUGGGAAUGAUCGUGGAUUUAUCGGGCACACAUCCAGACACCAUGCGCGACGUAUUAGAGAUAAGCGAAGCCCCUGUUAUAUUCAGUCACUCGGCUGCCUAUGAGAAAUGCAAACAUACGAGGAACGUACCCGAUGACGUAUUACUUUCGCUGAGAACUAACAAUGGUAUAGUUAUGGUGAAUUUCAACAGUGACAUGAUAAGCUGUGACGAAAGCGAGGCAACGCUAAUGAAUGUAGCAGAUCAUAUAGACUAUAUUCGAAGAAAAAUCGGCGCAACGCAUGUUGGUUUGGGCGCGGAAUUCGACGGAAUCGUAAGGCCAGCAACAGGACUCGAAGACACUUCAAAAUACCCAGCCUUGAUUAUGGAGCUGAUCAGUCGGGGGUGGGCCGAUGAGGAAGUGGAACUUCUGGUUGGCAAAAAUUUACUACAAGUCUUCGAAUGGGUAGAACAGGUACGCAAUAAAAAGUACGAAGACGGAGAAAAGCCACACGAAGAUGUUAUGGAAUCACAGAGUUCGACCGAUAAUUGUCGAUCAGAAUGGAAUGGACUUCAGUAAACGUUUAAUCAUAGGGCAGUCUGUAAACGCCAUCCAACUACAAUUAAGCUGCACUGAGAAUGGAUCUCCAAUUGACAUAAUAGAUGUUUUAACGCAGGGUAUCCGUAGAAUAUGGGAAUAAGUAAGAAUGUGUUGUCAGGAUGCGAUUAUCAGAAGCGAUUUUGUCAGACUAGUCUUGUGCCAUUUUAGGACCUGCACGUACAGGAUUAGAACAAGCGAUUUUCGAAUUACUGAUGUAUGUAAUUUUGAACUGUUUGUAUGUGAAAACUGCGAACUAAAAAUAAAUCACUACUAGAGACAUUGAACAAUAUAAUGUUCACAAAGCCAUGAUUCUCUCAGAAUAUUCCAUUACAGUACUUUGUGUGCUACUUAUUCCGUCUUGUUUUGUCUGUAUUUAGCCAAGCAUGGCGUUAACACUGUUUUAAAACUUUAUUCAAAUACUAAUACUUAAGUAACAACUUAAUGCACAAUGAAAAUGGUUAGCAAGAAAGAGCGGAUAUUUUGUUUAGCAGGUAGCUAUUUGUCAUCGUAAUUUGGAAAGGCGGCCACAGCAUUUUAUUCCUUUCACUGCCGUAAAUGUCAUGCAUUUCGUGAUGGUUCUUGUUCCAUUUGCCCGAUUUAGGUUAAUAAAUAAAAAUUUUAUAUCA